UAGCAGUUAAAGAUAACAUAAACAUCAUUCUUGGUUGAGGAAAAAUGAAAACAAAAUGUGGAUUAAUCGCUUUGAUGUGGCUAAUAAUUCCCUUCCUCGAAACUGGCGAAACAGGUUACGUUAAGGAAAGUGGAAAACGUCUGAAUGAAUACAUAUCGCAUUAUGAGACAUUGAAUUACGACAUAAAACAAUUACAUGCGAAACAUUCGCGAGCAAAACGUGCCAUUGGUGAAGACGAGCACGUCCAUUUGAAAUUCACCGCUCAUGGUGAACACUUUCACCUUAGACUUAAGCGAGACUUGACGACUUUUAGUGAUAAACUCGAAAUUCUUCACACAGAGAAUGGAAAAGAAAGCAGACGACAAUUAGACACAAGUCACGUCUAUGACGGAAGCGUGUUAGGUGAUAAAGAAAGUUUCGUUCAUGGUUCAAUUGACAGUGAUGGAAUCUUUCACGGUCGCAUCAUCACAUCAAAAGAUUCUUAUUUUAUUGAAAAAGCUCACUAUUACUUUCCUAAUCACAGUCGAAUUCAUGACAAUUUUCACUCAGUCAUUUACAAAGAUAAACAUGUAAAUGAUCCUUACAAAACCAAACGAACUGUUCACCCAAAUGGCUGUGGACUCACAGGUGACGUCUCACAAUGGAUGGAUCUCGUACAAAACUCAGUGGAAGAUGAAAUUGAAUUUGUUCCCAUUAAAGCUGAAGAAGAUUUAAAUGUUAAUGCUACAGCUGAAAAGAUUAAAAAUCAAUAUGAGCAUGUCAACAAUCGAAUUUAUGAUGAUGACAACUUCCAUCAUCAUAAUCAUCAUGACAAAUAUUCAGAAGAGAUUAAUAAAAGAUCGAAACGUGCAGCAACAGCAGCACGAUAUCAAGAACGUAACACUUGCUCACUUUAUAUUCAAACAGAUCCUCUUAUUUGGAGACACAUUCGAGAGUCAAUACCAGAUCACAACGAUCCAAAUCGCGCUGCAAUUGUUGAUGAGAAAGCGAAGGAAGAAAUUUUAUCACUUGUCGCACAUCACGUAGCUGCUGUCAACUUUAUUUAUCGCAAUACAAAAUUCGAUGGACGAGUUGAACAUCGAAAUAUUCGUUUUGAAGUGCAACGAAUAAAAAUUGAUGACGAUGCAGCUUGUAGUGUUCAUUAUCGUGGUGAACCGAAUCAAUUCUGUAUGGAGAACAUUGAUGUGUCAAACUUCUUGAAUCUUCAUUCGUUGGGAAAUCAUGAGAUCUUUUGUUUAGCUUAUGUGUUCACUUAUCGUGACUUCACUGGAGGAACUCUUGGACUCGCAUGGGUUGCAUCAGCUUCCGGAGCUUCUGGUGGUAUUUGUGAGAAGUAUAAAUCAUAUACUGAGACAACAAGUCAAGGAAUGUAUCAAAGUACUCGUCGUUCACUUAACACUGGAAUCAUCACAUUUGUCAACUACAAUUCUCGAGUUCCACCAAAAGUUUCUCAAUUGACAUUAGCUCAUGAGAUUGGUCAUAAUUUUGGAUCGCCACAUGAUUAUCCAGCUGAAUGUCGACCAGGUGGCCCACCUGGUAACUUCAUCAUGUUCUCAAGCGCUACAAGUGGCGAUCGACCAAACAACAGUAAAUUCUCUCAAUGCUCGAUAAGAAAUAUUUCAAAUGUUCUCGAUGCCAUCGAUGAUGCAAAGAAAAGAAAUUGCUUUAAAGUUAGUGAAGGUGCUUUCUGUGGUAAUAAAAUUGUUGAGAUUGGCGAAGAAUGUGAUUGUGGCUUCAACGAUGAUGAAUGUCGUGAUCGUUGUUGCUAUCCGAGAAUUGUCAGUGAAUAUGACUUGGCAUUGAAUUCAUCAGCGAAAGGCUGCAGCCGUCGUGCACGUACACAAUGCAGUCCAAGUCAAGGUCCAUGUUGUGAUCCAAAUAGUUGUGCAUUUGUUCCCGAAAAAGUUCGCGCUAAAUGUCGUGAAGAAUCGGAAUGUUCAUGGAGUUCAAUGUGCAAUGGAACGACAAGUGAAUGUCCCGAUCCAAAGCCACGUCAAGACAAGACGAAAUGCAACAAUGGAACACAAUUAUGUAUUAGUGGUGAAUGUUCAGGAUCGAUUUGUCUCAGUUGGAACAAGACUGAAUGCUUUCUCAGUUCAACACAAACUGGCUUCGACAAGCGACGAUUAUGCGAGCUUGCAUGUCAAAACGGCAACGAUUCAUCAUCUUGUCGUUCAACAAGUGAAUUUGGACAUUUGUAUGGAUUGCCAAAAGAAGGUAUCAGCUUAAGACCUGGUGCACCUUGCGACAACUUCCAAGGCUAUUGUGAUGUUUUCCUCAAAUGUCGUGCGGUUGAUGCUGACGGACCUUUACUGCGAUUAAAGAAAUUACUUCUAAACCACGAAACUCUGCAUACAUUGAAGCAAUAUGUGAUCGACAAUUGGUAUCUUUGUGUCUUUUCGGGAAUAAUGUUUCUCAUAUUUAUGGGCAUCUUCAUCAAAUGUUGUGCUGUGCAUACGCCAAGUAAUAAUCCGAAGAAAGCACCAGCAAGAAGAAUCUCAGAUACUUUACGUAGACCGAUGAAUACACUUCGUCGAAUGCGACAUCCAGCUAAUGUUGCAAGAAGUAUUCCACCACCUGGUCAUGGUGAGAGAAGAUCCGGUCCUGCUCAUGGUGGAAGAAGAAGUAAUCAAUCGAGAAGCGGUCAACAACAACAAACACGACCAUCUCAACAUGGGUAUAAUAAUCAAAGUGGUCGAGUGCGAGCCGACGCCCCGUUAAUACCAGUACAGGGUUAUAGUAGACGCUCCCAACAUGAUCCUUAUGCUGAAGGCUACAAUGAACGUCAGCAAUGCGAAAUGCAGCUUCGUUACCCACAGCCGGGAAAUGCCAAAGCUUGACCAGUGUAAAUAUCUUUUCCUUUUUUCUUCUUUACUCUCGGCUCAUGAAUCCUCUUAAGUUUAAGUCUAAUUUUUGAAAGAUGAUUGUUGAAAUAAUACGCAGAAGACAUUUAUUAUUAGUGAAUAGUGAUGGUAUGUUGGGUCCAGUACAUCGAUGGAAUCUUUUCAAAUGAAGAUUCUUUACUCAAUUUAUUUUUGUUGGAGAGCAAGAUUAAAUAUAUAAACACUUGCUAUGUACGUAGGACAUUCAAGUCCAUUAAAUUAAAAAAUCAUCAAUUCGCUUUAAAUAAACAAUUUUCAAAACUUAUUCUCUGAAACAAGAAAUAUUUGUAGAUUAUUGAGAAUCGUCUUUUUGUUCCAACCAUUUCUCAUUUCUUUCUCUUUAAACAUGAAUAAAUAUGAACCAACACUGUAAGAUACCAGACAAAAGAUUAAGAAAUAUUUUUAAGUGAAAACUUUAAAGGAAAUAAAAACAGAAACAAACACAGAAUGGAAGAAAAUGGCAUCAAUACGCUAAAUGUGAUAUCAUAAAAGAAAUCUAUUAAAGAAAAAAAAAGAAAUAUUUUUCUAAACUGCAAAUUCUGAAAAGAAAAACAUCGGAAAAAAAUU